UUUGAGGCGAAAAACAAGAAAAAAAAAUAUUCUGAACCAAUGGACUGCAGACACAGUACAGGGGAUGACCAGAGACUGCGGACACAAUACAGGAGAUGACCAGAGACUGUGGACACAAUACAGGAGAUGACCAGAGACUGCGGACAUAGUACAGGAGAUGACCAGAGACUGCGGACACAGUAAAGGAGACGACCAGAGACUGCGGACACAGCACAGGAGACGACCAAAGACUGCGGACACAGUGCAGGAGAUGACCAGAGACUGCGGACACAGUGCAGGAGACGACCAGAGACUGCGGACACAGUGCAGGAGACGACCAGAGACUGCGGACACAGUGCAGGAGACGACCAGAGACUGCGGACACAGUACAGGAGAUGACCAGAGACUGCGGACACAGUGCAGGAGAUGACCAGAGACUGCUGACAACAGUGCAGGGAAUGACCAGAGACUGCAGACAGUGCAGGGGAUGACCAGAGACUGCAGACAGUGCAGGGGAUGACCAGAGACUGCAGACAGUGCAGGGGAUGACCAGAGACUGCAGACAGUGCAGGGGAUGACUAGAG